CACCCAGCGAUAACCACACAACAGUAUACAAUGCCACAACACCAAGCAAAAAUUACACAACACCCUCAAAUCCUACAGCAACAAGCAGUAAUAACACAACAUUCUACAAUCCUACAAGCAACAAUAACACAACAGUAUACAAUUCUACAACACCCAGCAACAGUCCCACAACAACCAGCAAUAACCACACAACAUUCUACAAUGCUACAACAAGCAACAAUAACACAACACCCGCUAAUCCUUCUAUAAGCAACAAUAACACAACACCCUCCAAUCCUACAACAAGCAACAAUAACACAACACCCUCCAAUCCUUCUAUAAGCAACAAUAACACAACACCCUCCAAACCUACAACAAGCAACAAUAACAUAACACCCUCCAAACCUACAACAACAAGCAACAAUAACAAAGCACACUAUAAUGCUACAACACCCAGUUACUUAAUGCAACACAAUACAACAACAACUAGCAACAUUCAUACAACAGUCCAAACAUCCAGCAGUAGGUACUUACCAGAAAGCAAUGCUACAACAACCAGCAGCAGCUAUGUAGCAGAUCACCAAGUUACAACCAGAAACAAUCAUAUGACAGCCUACGAAGCUACUCAAGCUAGCAUCAAUUUGACAACCCUACACAAACCAAACACGUCAAGCAACAAUUACACAACACCCUCUAAUCCUACAACAAGCAACAAUUACACAACACCCUCUAAUCCUACAACAAGCAACAAUUACACAACAAAUCGGAACAUGGCAACCAUCGGCAGCAAUUUUACAAAUAUGUAUGAUACCACACCAAAUCAUGAUUUCACAACUGCAUCACCCAAUAAUAACACAACUAGCAAAGCUGUAGCAGUACACAACACAACUAAACGUGAUGAUUCCAGCUCUUUGUACACUACAACUAAGUCUCCCAUCACUUACACAACAGCAACUGAACCUCCUCAUAAGGCAACAACUUUAUCCUACAUGACUACUGCACCAGUUGUAGAACCACAACAGAGCACAACCUCUGCCAAAAGCACAGCAGUUGCAGCAGCUAUGACAAAAGUUACCAGUACUACACAUCCACACUUUACUGCAGAAAGUAGGACUUCAGUUCCUGACAACAGAAAACCAACAGACCAGACUGAAAACCAGACCACAGUCAGUGCGACUCCCUUGACAACUGUACACAAAAAUGACAGCAGCUCCACUGCAGUUGUCACGACUAUUGAAGAGAAUGAACCAUUGAGUUAUAACUCAGCGACUCCUGUCAUUGCUGCCACUGCAACUCCGUCUACAACCGCUCACAAUCCAACAAAUAAAAUCAUAACUACAACUGAAGUGUCUCAGAAAACAACUCUCCCAACCAUUAAAACUACAACAAGCACAGUGGCCAGGACUGGAACUACUUUGACAACCACUGUGAAGUCCAGUACAAGUGCAAAAAGUAAGGAGGAACAUGCAGAUCAGCUGUUGGCUCAAACAGAAGAUGUGUCCAAGCUAAACUCUUCUCAGGUGUCUAAAUUGGUGGAUGACCUGGAGGAAAUUCUGUCGGGCCCAACUGUGUCUCAAUCAGUGGGACAAAACGUCCUUAACGUCAUAAACAACCUCAUAAAUGGUGAUCCAGAGGUUCUGUCUGGAUCAACAAAUAGUCUGAUUCGUAUGGUGGAUACUUUGGCUCUGAAGCUGGAAUUUGCAGAAGAUGUUGGCAUCUUGUCCUCAGACUCUCUGGUUCUGGCAGUAAGGAAAGUGGACUGGACCGACUUUCUUGAAACCAGUGUUGAGAUUUUCGACAUCGAUGAUGUACAGCUUCAACAUGUCAGAAGGGUCAAAAGGUCAGCUCCUGCUUUGGGCUCAUUGGGCUUGCCCUCCUCCGUGACUUCAGGCCUCAGUCCUGAAGAGAAGCAGCAGGCCAGCAGAGUCCAGUUCACUUUCUACAAAAAUAAUUCCCUCUUUAAGGACUCCAGUUUAGACGACCAAACGGCUGUCAGUCCAGUUCUCGGGUCCAGUGUGGCCAAUCUGUCCAUCAGCAACCUGCAGGAGAACGUCACGUUUACCAUCACUCACAGCAACUUAACUCAAAAUAAUGUCACAUCAUGCGUCUUCUGGAAUUUCACAAAGAAAAACGGUUUGGGGGGCUGGGAUGAUACCGGCUGCUCCGUCGUCAGCGCCACUCCUGAAUACACAACCUGCAGCUGCAACCAUCUCACCUCCUUUGCCAUCCUGCUGGAUUUAUCCAGAGAGGGAAUAUCUGACCCUCAGCAGGCAAAGAUUUUGACUUUCUUCACCUACAUUGGAUGUGGAAUAUCUGCGGUUUUUCUAGCCGUCACCCUGAUAACACACAUGUUAUUUGAGAAACUCCUCCGCGAUAUUCCAGCCAAGAUCCUGGUCCAGCUCUGCUUGUCCCUCCUGCUUCUCAACCUGGUCUUUCUGCUGGACGGCUGGCUGUCCAACUACGAAAACGUCAACCUGUGCAUCAGCACUGCCUUUUUCCUGCACUACUUCCUGUUGUCCUCAUUCACGUGGGCGGGGCUUGAAGCUCUGCACAUGUACCUGAGCAUCGUGCGCGUGUUCGCGCCCUACCUGAGUAAAUACAUGCUGAAGUUCUCCCUUAUGGGUUGGGGUAUUCCUCUCUUUGUGGUGGUCAUUAUUGUAGCAGUGGACAAAAACAACUACGGUCUGGUUCCGAAUGGAAAAUACGAAGAUGGGACGUCUGAUAAGUUCUGCUGGCUGCGUAAUGACAUCGCCUUUUAUGUGGGCGUGGUGGCCUACUUCCUCCUCAUUUUUGUCUUGUGCCUGGCGGUCUUCAUCGUCGUUAUGGUCCAGCUGGCCCGGAUCAAGAAACAGAACCCUCACAACCAGUCUCCCAACCGGAGCACCAUGACCGACAUCAGAAGCAUCAUCGGCCUUGUCCUGCUGCUCGGCCUCACCUGGGGCUUCGCUCUGUUUGCCUGGGGAGAAGCCAGGCUCGCCUUUUUAUACAUGUUCACCAUAUGCAACUCUCUGCUAGGUUUGUUUGUCUUCAUUUUCCACUGUGUGGUAAAGGAAAAUGUCCGCAGGAUGUGGAGGACGUUUCUGUGUUGCGGAAAUUGGCGUCUGUCUGAGAACUCAGAAUGCAGCCGGACUGCCACACACAACAAGUUGUCGGUGGUGGCUACAGCUACGACAUCGGCCAACCAACACAGCAACCUUAGCUCCUCCUUCGGCAGCAACGUCACCAGCAGCAGCAGCUCUGUGUUUUGGGACAGCGGAAUAUCGGAUCACUCCAGCAGCGACAUUGUCCUCAAUGAGGCUCGCAGGCAGAGCCAGUCUCUGCAAGGCGAACCCUGAUGAGAAGAGAUUAGUGAGGCUGGAAGCUAAUUGUAGAUGAAGUCUUUAAAAGGUUGAAUGAAGGAGAAAUAUUUUUCACAGCAGAGGAAGACUGAAAAAAGCCAACUUCUAACGGAAAGCAAGACGUGUCAUUAUUUCCACAAUGAAAUUAGAUAAAGACAGACAGAUGGGUAAAUGUUUACUUUUUUAAUAAUACAGGAAGAAGAUUAGCAGAGGUAUGGUUUGUUUAUGCCUGAAAAUUCAAAGUAUUUCACUGUUAGAGCUGAGACUCAAUUGUUUAAAUGCAAGUAAGAUGAUGAUAGAUGAGAGUAAUAGGAGCCUUUUCGCAGUUUGACUGUCAUGAUGCUGCUUUGCUGUCAACGAAUUUACAUAAACAUAAUAAAACUGUGCCAAACUCGACUACUAA